AUGGCGUUCUCUGAUGCGAGGAAGGAGCUGGACUGUUCCAUCUGUCUGAACAUUUAUACCAAUCCUGUGACACUGAGAUGUGGACACAACUUCUGCCAGGACUGUAUAGAAGGUGUUCUGGAUACACAGGAGGGGUCCGGAGUUUAUUGCUGUCCUGAAUGCCGAGGAGAGUCCCAGGGGCGGCCUGAACUUAUCAGGAACAUUACACUGCGCAACAUAAUAGAGAGAUUCCGAUCUACGGAGCCAGAGAAGGAGGAGGAGAGCCAGAUCCUCUGUACGCAAUGUAUUCACUCUCCUGUACCCGCUGUUAAAUCUUGUCUGAUGUGUGAAGCUUCUCUGUGUGACGACCAUCUGAGAAUCCACAGCAAGCUGCAUGGAGACCAUCAGGAACACCAGGUGGAGGCUCUGGAGGAGGCCUCUGAGAAGAGGAAGGAGAACCUGACCAAUGCUCUGCAGAAGUUGGUGAAAAAGAGAGAGGAGAUGGAGGAAAGCAUCAAGAAUCUGCAGAAGUACAAGAGAAAAGUACAAGACGGUGCAGACAGUGUAACCAAGAGAGUCACCGCCAUAUUCAGAGACAUCAGGAGACAACUGGACAUCCUGGAGAGGAGAGUUCUUAAUAAGAUAUCCAGGCAGGUAGAGAAAGUCUCAUUCCCAGCCUCUGAUUUAAUUCAGGAGCUGGAGAUAAAGAAGGACGAUCUGUCCAGGAAGAUUCGUCACAUCGAGGAGAUAUGUAACAUGACGGAUCCACUGACUUUCCUACAGGAAUCAGACACAGGAUUAUCUGAUAUAAUAACAGGGAUUAUACCGGUACCUGCAGAAAUAUUACUGGAUUUAGACACGGCAAAUAAUUAUCUAAAUAUCUCGGAUGAUAGGAAGACCGCACACAUGACAAAUAAAAACCUAAAUUGGCCUGUUACAGAAAAGAGAUUUCAGGACUACCAAGUAGUAAAUGGCAGUAUUUAUAAUUAUAAUCUCCGCGGAUAUGUUCCACAAUACAAGGAUGUGAUGUCUCCUCAGGUGAUGAGCAGUCAGAGUUUCUCCUCAGGGAGACAUUACUGGGAUGUGGAUGUUGGGGGAUCGUCACACUGGAGAGUCGGGAUGUGUUACCCCAGUAUAGAGAGGACAGGAGAAGCGUCAGAGAUUGGAUGUAAUGAGAAGUCCUGGUGUCUGGAGAGGAACGGUGAUCUGUUAUGGAAACAUAACAAACAAUCAGAUAUAUUGGCCAACAUCCCAAUGCACAGAGUCAGGCACAUCUUGCAGCAAGAAUGA